GAUUAGAUUUAUUUAUCAAAGUUGAAGGAAUUGAUUGAUAAAAGUAAAAGGUCAACACUAACAGCACUUAUUCUCUGUAAUAAUGUUAACUAAUAUGAUCUAGUCUAGUCUAGAGUAGAGUAUUUACAUUUUACAUGUCACUGUGUGGUAGUGUGUUGGAUAAUAAGGACAAUGGCUGUGUCACAGAGGACGGCGGUGAUGACUGGCAACAUGGUGCUGUUGUGGCUGUUUAUCAAUACAUUCAUCACUAGUGUCUUUGUGUGGUCUUUCCUGGUUACUGCCUCAGUUCUGGCAGCCAUACAGUAUGUUAAAAUCUCUCCAGUGAAUGAGAGCAGAAUAAGCCAGAAUAUCUUACAACUGUUUGCUGUUGACAAAGACAAUGUAAAAAGUAACACAAUAUUUCAUAAAGCUGGAGGCUUUCAUGCUCCAGAAAAUACUCUGGAAGCUGUGGAACAAGCUAUCACCAUGGGCAUUCCAGCCAUAGAGAUUGACUUGGACUUCACCAAAGAUGGUGUCGGUGUCUUGAUCCAUGGCCCUAAAGUUGAUGCUACCACUGACAGCAAAGGUUUUGUUUCAGACUUUACAUUUCAGCAAAUUCAGGAACUUAAUGCAGCAGCAAAUGAUGUCAACAGAAACAAGUAUCCUGUAGCACGCAUACCAACUUUAGAAUCCUGCAUUGAAAUUUGUGUUAGAAAUAAUCUGGUAGUGUUUAUUGACUGUAAAAGUAACCCUAAAGAGACAGCCAAGCUGGUGACCAGCCUAUAUGCUAAGCACCCAAAGUUGUAUGACCUUGGUAUUGUGUGUUCCUUUUACCCCACCAUUAUCUAUGCUGUCCGUAAAGCUGAUCCCAACAUUCUGACUGCACUGACCCACCGCAACCUCAUUCUUAGUGAACUGGGACAAGGCACAGAGCGGAACAAAGAGCUUUGGAAGAAGGUUAUCUCUCCUUGGCUAGAUAUCCUCCUGUCCUGGGCUCAUUGGUCUAUAUUGUGGUAUAUAUGUGGGAACUCUUUCUUCCUUUGUAACAAGGACAAUGUCUGCUUAGACCACAAGAAAUUUUGGAAAGGUCUAGGCAUUCGGAUGGUUAUAUGGACAGUAAAUAGUGAACAUGAUAAAAACUAUUUUUUGCGUUCAUUGAACAUUCCUAUAAUAACAGAUGGUUUAUAUGCACCUCAGAAUGCCCAGGAACAUGAAAAUUAAGGACUAAUACAUAAGCUUAAUUUAUGACUAGGAUUUAUGUUUUGAAUAUCGUAUGUAUAUUUCCCUGCUGUACAAUAAAAUCUUUGUGUGUCUAAUUGCACGUAUCACACUUUGUUGUACAUCCAGAAGUGUUUCUUGAUUGUUUUUUUGAAACUUUGUCUACAGUAACUUACACAGACUCUGCUCAGUUCAAAUGUUUGGUUAUUAGCUAUUACUUGGAUAGUACCAGUAUAUGCUAAUAUUGAUUUGGGUAUAGAUUACAUCUGAAUGAUAUGAGCUGGUAGUAACUCUUGCAAAUUGAAAGAUUUGUACAUGAUGAGAUCUUAAUGUUGUAGAUUUUAUUUGUCAUAUUUAUUUCAACAAGUGUCUGCACCUUACUAGAAAAUCACUUCUUUGUACAGGUAUAUUAGUAUGUAGAACAGGGGUGGGCAACCUUUUUCUACUGAGGGCUGCAGUAAAAAAAUUACCUCAUAGACAAAUCCCAUUUGAGGAAUUCCAACAAGAGUUAGCAAUUUCUGAAACUAAUUUUACAAAUACUUUAAUCUUUAUUAUUGUCUUUUUACAUUACAUUUUAUCACAAACGUACAGUUGUACCAUACCUAAUGUGAAGUAUUUAACUGUUUAUACUUGUGCAUAAUGUUCCAGAAAUGUAGAACUAGUUUACUAGUUGUAAUCCUCAUGACUGCUGUCAAAUAACAGUCAGUCAGCAUCAACCUGUUCUUACAGUUGUUUAGUUUCAAACAAACAAAAAAUCUCGAUCACAAGAUGCAUGUAGAAAAUUUUGCAGCAAAUUUAUUUAAGUGUGGAAAUACAGCUUCUGACGCCCAUAAAACUCUGGCGGAAGAACUUCUCUUUCAGGUCAUAAUUCUUGGAAGAAAGUCCCCUGGAGCUGAAUCAGCUUCUGCACUAAAUGGUGAGCUGAGGGUAUUAAAAGCUGGCUCCAAGUUCUUGACGUCUUAAAAUUUGGUUGCCAAUUCCACAAUCAAGGAAUCCCAAUAAGUAUUGUACUUUUCAGUCGUUUCACUAGAAAUUUCAAUUUCACUUUUCAGCAAAAGAAAAUGACAAAACCUGAUUUCACUUGCCUGACUGGAGAAAUGGGAUAGCUUUGUUUGUAAAGAUUUAACAUACACUUCAUGUACAAACCCGUUGCAAUAUUUCUGAAAGUCCAUCUUCCACUCUUCAUUUGAAAUAUGGGUAACGAAGUCACAGUCAAUGUUCUUCAAGGAAUGUAACAAUUUCUUCCUCAAGAUUCCAUAUUAUGCUCAAUACAUUGCCAAUGCUAAGCCAGCAGAUACUGCUGUGAUACCGAACAUCAGAAUGCUUUGUUUCCAAAUCUUCAAGUACUUCUUGGAACUGCCUGUGGUUAAAACCCAUAUCUUUGAGUGAAUUUUGAUCACUGAGAUAAUUGGGCCAAUAAUAUGUAUGAAAUUUUCCAGAUAAGAGUUUAUGGUUGGGAUAUUGCUCUUAAAGGUCAUUAACAAACCAAUGUUUUUCUCAGUGAAAGCACAGGCUUCAUCAGUUGUUACACUAGCCAUCUGGCUCCAAGCCAACCCAACACUUUCAACACAGUUCUUAAUGGCAUUGAAUAGAUACUAGCCUGAGUUUGUGUCUUUGAAUACUUCAAAAUAUUGCCAACAAGAACAAUCUUCAUUUUCUUUUUAGAAUGAUGUGUGGAGAAAAUCAAUGUUUCUUUAGCCUCUUCAUCACAAGUGAUAAGAAUCGGAAGUUUCAUUACUUUAUAAAGAUAUUUAAAUGUAUUUAUUUUUAGUAUAAUUGCAUUUUUUAUAUGUGUAAUCUGUGAGCAACCCUGAUUUCUGUAGGUGAAUGCGGGACACAUAAAACAUUCUGGUGGUCCGCAGCCCGUUAUUGCCCACCCCUGAUGUAAAAUUGUUGUUCACAGUACAUGCUUGUGGUAAAACAAGGUGGGCCAAGGGUUGAUAUUAAAACAGUUUUGUUGUUUAUCACAUUCAAUUAAUUUUAAACAUUAAAAUGUGCUUUGUGUGUUCCCUGUACAAUGCUACAAACUGAAUGGUCAGCCUGCUCAUCAUGCAGACUACAUAGUACAUGGAUGAAUCUGUGAACUCCAAUGGCUUCUUGAUAAGCACACCAUAUUUAUCAUUUCAUUCCUACCUUAAUCUACAUGUUUAUUUUGUACACAUUGUGUUUAAAAAAAGUUUCAGUUUAAUGAUGUACCAGUAUCAUUAGAAAAAUGUUAUCUAAAUGAUGUAAUCUAAUAUGUGUACCAACUAUUCAUUUAUCUAAAUGAUGUAAUCUAAUAUAUGGUACAAACUAUUCUAAAAUCAAAUUUAAAAAAAAAAGAUGCUUUAUUUUUUUUUUAAUCUAAAUCUAAAUCAUAUAGGUCAUGUUCUAAACAACAAAAUGUACUUUCUCUAACAGUGUUUAUGAACUUUCAUUGAAAAUCAAGAUCAUUUCACACAUAGAAUAACGGCAACAUAUUCUCUUAACUGGGACUGCCAAUCAUGUGUAUAUCUCUAUCAGGUAUACAUUAGGGGCUAUGUUUUCAUACUGUCUUGAGUAUAACCUUUGCUUUCAAUAUUUAUAGGAAUAGACCAGAAAUACUGGUACAAAACUAACAAAAAAUGUUAUUAAAAUUUUUCAAUGCAAAUGCCUUUGUAUACCAGUAUUUAUAACCAUUGGUUAGUUGAAAAUUGUGACAUGCUAGUCUCUUAAGAUCUCUGAAUACAUGUAUACCCAUGUAAAUGUACUUAUCAAUGCUUCUAAAUAAAUUGAAAUUAUUUUUGUUUUCCGUCACAGAAAAA